AUGGCAGCCGAAGGCCCUUCCGGAAGUUUCCGCGACGAGGCCUCUUGCCCCAUCUGCUCCGGUUUCUUCCAAGACCCCGUUUCCAUCCACUGCGGGCACAAUUUUUGCCGGGGUUGCAUCACCCGACGCUGGGAGGAAAGCGCCGCGGAUUUCGCCUGCCCCCGUUGCGAUGAGAAGGCCCCGGAAAGGAACCUGAGGCCUAACCGAGAAUUGGCCAAAAUCAUCGACAUCGCCAAAAGGUUGAGUUUGAGGGCGGCCAAAAUUGGGCUGGAAGGGGAGAAGCUGUGCCAAAAACACGGGGAAGCCUUGAAACUCUUCUGCGAGGACGACCGGGACCUCAUCUGCGUGGUUUGUAGGGAGGCCCAGGCCCACCGGGCCCACGCCGUGGUUCCCGUCGAGGAGGCCGCCGAGGAGUUCAAG